CUUUCGUGAGGAGUUGGUACCUCAACGCUGUUAAGAAGUUGUUAAGAUUACAUUCACUCGGUAACUGUCAGUUUCUUUUUUGUAAUGUGCUGAAACAAACUCUGAUACGGAGGAGAUUUCCCAAGGUGAAACGCGCACCAAUCAUUUGUUUCAGGUGCGCUUUUCCCCAAACAAGCGUUCGGAGCAGGACUAGGCUACUAAACCGUUCGGGCACCAGAAAAUACUGGAAACAAUGGUUAAGAACGUGAACUCUGAAGUGCAACUAGGAGGCGGCAGUUUUGAGCACAAAGACUCUGAGCACGAAGAGACCGAGCCUGUUGGAGAUGAUGGGAAAGAACACCCUGUAGCCCAACCAGGUGUCAUCUGGCGUGUCACUGGGGGCCUCUUUAAUGUCACCAAGGGAGUAGUAGGUGCCACUGUGGGAGGUGUAGCCUGGCUGGGAGGGAAAAGCCUGGAGGUAACCAAAUCUGCCGUGAGCUCCGUGCCCUCGGUUGGCGUGGGUCUCGUGAAAGGUGGCGUGUCCGCUGUGGCUGGUGGCGUGUCCACAGUGGGGUCAACAGUCGCCAGCAAAGUCCCGUUUACAGCAAAGAGAAAGGACAAGGCAGAGUGAAGGAGGAUGGCAGCGAUCUUGAUGAUGAUGAUGACGAAGAGGAGGAUGUUGACCGUAACAGUAAUAACCAUGGAAGAGGACACACAUACAUGAGUUGCCCCUGAGCCAUAAAACUAGUGAGGAUGAUCAUUAACUAUACUGACAUGAAGUUACAGUAUGGUACUUCUACUUGCAUCUUGGCAGUUUUUUUCGUUUGUCUUUUGUUUUUUUUGGGGGGGGGGGUUGUUUUGGGUUUUUUUGGAUUCCUUAGAGGCUCCUUUUGGUGUUACCCCUUUCUCUGUGUGUGUGUGUGUUUUGUGUGGUUAUAUUUUCCUGUCCUUCAGGGCUUGAGAAAGAGGGAAGUCUGAGUCAGGGCACACAAGCUGGGUCAUUCAGUGUGAUGUGUUCUCAUAAGCUGAGUGGUUUUGUGCUGUUUUUUUGUUUGUUUAUUUGUUUUUUAAACCACAGCAUGUGAAGACAAUUCGUGGGUAGAAUUUGAGUGAACCCUGACAAAAUCAUUGCCUUGAAUUAAACCCCUUAACUUUUACAUUGCUCCAUCAUAUAGAACUGCAGAAAGCAUUUGGUAAAGACUGUUUACUUGCCGAUUGUGUG